UGUUGGUCGGCGGUGGCGGGUCAGUCGGUUACCAGUUGCCGUGUCGGUUAGUCCCCCCCACAAACCACUCCGCGCCCAAAAAAAGUUUGGCUGAAAUUUAAAAAAUAGAAGACACAUUGGAAAAACAAAAUUUUUCGUGUGUGUCAAGGAUUUGACGCGUGUUGUGUGACGUGAUUGGUGAUUUGGUGUGGCGCUCAUUUGAAUAAUUGGAAACUUGUCGGCCAUUUUUGUUUAUUUCUCAGUGGAUGAAUCGACCGAGCCAACCGUCCAUGUGCGUCCAGUGAAGUGGUGAAUUACCAUCAAGGGGGGUAAUUGAAAAAACCGGUGGUGCCUAUUAAUAUUUAUCGUGAAAUUAAAGACAAUCAACUGAAGAAGAAAAUUUCAUCAACUUCACAAAAUGGAUACGAAGCAACGACAAUUUGUCCUUGCUUUUUUGGUGGUGGCGCUGCUGGCGGCCGGUGCCUGGACUGUGGACGUUCGAGUCGGCGAGGACGUGACGCUCGAGUGCCGUUUCAAUCCGACGCUGAUGGACAAACGUCACACCUUUUACUGGAUUCGGGCCAACAUUAAAGAAAAGGACAACGUCGCCAUUGGAGAGUCGCCACUUGAGAAAAAUUACAGAAUCAGUUUCAAGCCGGCCGAGGGCCAGUACGACUUGUUGGUGUCUGGCGCCACUUACGAUCGCGACAAUGGCCGUUUCGAGUGCCGCCUCAAGGAGCAAGGCACGGGAAUUGAAUUGCACAGCCAAUCGGUCGAUUUGGUCGUCUUGGUCCCGCCGUCGUCGCCGCAAAUCAACCCCGUCAGUCCCGUGGCCGUCGAGGGACAACCCACCGAAUUGGUUUGCUCCAGCGCCGGCGGCAGUCCCGAUCCCGUUUUAAGGUGGUACCGGAAGGGCGAAGCCAACCCGUUGGAAGGUGCGAUCAUGAAAGCGGGCGGAAGCAAAAGUGUGGCCACACAGUCGACGCUGAUUGUGCGACCGCAAAAGGAAGACGACGGCGCCGAGUACCGCUGCGUGGCCUGGAACAGAGCCAUGGACACCAACGACAAGAAGGAAGCCAACAUUGUUCUCGCCGUCAAUUACGCUCCCAGGGUCCGUGUCAGCCCCAGCCCGUUGAAUGUCGAGAGGGGAGGCUCGGUGCAGAUCCAGUGUCAGGUGGACGCCAAACCGGCCGUUUACAGCGUCCGCUGGACCAGAUCCGGUCGAUUCAUCGCCACCAGUUUCAACCACACGCUCAGAUCCGUCAGCCUGGAAGACGACGGCCUCUACGUUUGCUCGGCCGACAACGGACUGGGUCAAGUCGGUGAGGCGGAAUUGCAGCUGGACGUUCUCCAUCCGCCCAUGGUGACCAUCGCCGAGUCGCGCAAGGAAGUCGACAUCGGUUCCAGCGUCUCGAUCCCCUGCAACGUCUCAGCCAAACCGGCCCCGACUUCCAUCGAGUGGCUCAAGGAGGGCGACGCCCAGUUCAGAUCCAACGGACCCGUUUUGCGACUCAACCGCGUGGCCGCCGCCGAUAACGGCCGCUACCUUUGCCGGGCCACCAACAUGAUUGGCUCGGCCGAACGAUCUGGCAACGCCACGUUCCAUCUGCUGGUCAAACACGAGCCCGGAUCGGCCCGCAUUUCUCCCGAAGAGCCGAUCGCCGUCGACGAGGCCUCAAUCACGUUGACUUGCGCUGCCGAUCCGCCGGGCUGGCCUUUACCCCAGUACCGCUGGUGGAAGGCCGGCGCCGAGACGACCAUUUUGGCUUCGACUUCGGAGCUGACGAUUCACGUGGCCCGUCAAAACAGCGAGGGAACGUAUUACUGCCAGCCCAGCAACGACCUGGGCACGGGCGGUUCCAGCUACGUCAACUUGCGCGUUUUCCAGCCGCCCCGCUUCAUCGGCCAACUGCCACCCGUCUUGCAGAAAAAGGCCCAGGACGCUGAUUUCAACAUGACGUGCUCUGCCCAGGGCAAACCCAAGCCGUCCAUCACUUGGCUCAAGGACGGAGUCGAAAUUCUGCCCGGCAGCAGCUCGGGUGCCUACGAUUUGGCCAUGGACGAGUCGGAGGGUCGCAACGCCAUCUUUACUGUCCGCUCGACACUGCGAUUCCACGGCUCGGAGCGGCCGGCCCUUUCCCAGCUGACGGCCGACGAUCGCGGCGUCUACACUUGCGCCUUUGAGAAUCAAAUCCGCCGGAUCGAGUCGACUCUGACGCUCAAAAUCGAGCACGCCCCCAUUCUGCUGGACCACCACCCCAAAGUGGCUUCCAACGUCGGUUCGUCCAGCGUCCAGCUCCUGUGCCAAGUCCAGGCCUACCCUCGCCCCAAUUUCGAGUGGUCCCUGCGCGACGUGCCCAUCAUCGGCAGCAGCAGCGGCGGAGCGGGCGACAACAAGUACGACAUGAACGUCACGUCCAUCACCAACACGGCCAACGGCAACGACAUUUACCAGGGCGUUUUGCGCAUCAACGACGUCAAAGAUUCCGACUAUGGCGACUACACGUGCAAAAUGUGGAACGCUGAAGGUGAAAACGCGGCGGCCGUCCGUUUGCAAGCGACCAGCGCACCGGAAAAACCCACCAAUCUGCGCGUUGUCCAGCCGGGCUACGAUUCGCUGACGCUCGAAUGGGACGAAGGAUUCAACGGCGGAUUCGAAAACACAAUCUACACGGUCCUCUACCGGUCGGCUUCAUCAUCUGGGCAGGCCGGCAGCGAGUUGGCAGCCUCUGGCCAGCAACAACAGCAAGAAGACGAUUGCCAAUACGCCAACCCUUGCGUCAUCCGCGGGCUGGAGCAACUGCAAUCGUACACGUUCCAAGUGCGGGCCGAGAACACGAAGGGAAAGAGUCCGUUGAGCAACGCCCUGACGGCCUCGACCGUCGUCGACCUGUCGCGUAUCCCCGAGCCCAAACAGGUGACGUUCGAGCCCAAAACCAAGACCAUCUCGUUCAACGUGGAUUCCCAGCUGCCGCUGAUGGCCAUGGUGGAGAGUCGCGUCGAGGGCAACUGGGAACUUUCGCAAAAGAUUUCGGUCCGGUCGCCGGUGAGUCGCGAAGUGCUGGACCUGGUCAAGGACGACGUUGACGACAUUCGACUCAAACUCUGUCUGGAGAUGAACACGACGCUGUGCAGCGAACCGGUGGUGGCCGUGACGGGUGACCUCAUUCAAGAGCCGACCAAAGCUCUGACUGAAUUGCCGGCCAAGUACAUGGUGGCCAUCAUCGUGGCCUGCGUCGUUGGCUCUCUGGUCUUUGUCUUGUUCGCCAUCUUUUACUGCUACCGUCGACGACGUGCCCAGAAGCUCAAGAAGCUCCUGGAAAUGGAAAAGGCUCAUUCUGCCCGUCCGACCAUCACCCAACAGCAGCAGCAACAACAACAGCAACAACAACAGCCACCGCCACCUUAUUACGCCGGACUGGAGAACAAGGGACGGGACCAGAGUUUGAUGAACACGAGUCACGGCAGCAUGCUGGACGACGCUGCCAGCAAGAACGCCCUUUACGCCACCCAAAACGGUUACGGCUACGCUGUGGCCAGCGCUCAGAACAAUGGCGGCGGACACGCCAACGGCGGUGGAGAUUGGGUCAACAUGGCCUACACGGAGCACAGUUAUUCCAAUUCCAACAACGGCGGCUCGGUCAACUCACAGGAUUCUCUGUGGCAAUUGAAAUUGGCCAGCCAAAAUGGCGGAGUCAACGGAGGUGGUGCCGACCACCAACUGGGCAAUGUGCCGGACGGCAGAUCGUACCACUACGACCCCAUGACCCACGGUGGGUACGGCGGAUUCGAGGACUAUAGCCACUACCCGCCCAGCAACGGCGACGACUACCUGCAGCGCAACAAUUACGGCGUCGUGGCCGGCGGCAAUGGCGAUCCCUACGCCGCCGUCCACAAAAAUGGCAAACGCAUGGAACACCUCGAAUCGACAUAUCACAAUGUGAGUGGCUUGCCCGAUCCUUACAUGGAGGCCGAACCGGAGGAGAUGAAACAGCACCAACAACAGCAACAGCAGCAGCAGCAACAGCAACAAAUGGCGCCACCUCAGCAACAUCAUCUCUCGUUUGAUGAGUCGCUAGAGAGCGGCUAUUCAACACCCAAUUCACGGAAUCGCAGAGUCAUCCGCGAGAUCAUCGUCUAGUAGACCCAUAGCAGAAAGAAAAUAUUUAGUAGACAAUUUAGUUUUUCUUUUUUAAAAUUCUCCCUUCAACCAACCACACGAGAACAUUACCCUCGUCAACACAUCAUUAUUUAAAAACAAAUCAAUGACAUCCAUCGCCGUGUGCCAAACACCUCGACCAAAAGGUGGUUCUUUCUCGACAAUCUCCAUUCCAUUUUUCGCCUCGUUGGGCGAAAAAGUUUCGUCUUUUUUUUUUUAAAAGGGAAAAAAAAAUAAUUCGAGUUCGGAUUGUGAUAGGAAAGGCUCAAAUUUAAAAGAGACACGUGAAUUGCCCCGCUGGCCUGCUGCUACAUUUGUUUUGUCGCCAUUUUGAUCUCGCUGAAAGAAAAACAAAACUUCAUCCGUGGACCUGGUCCUCUCAAGUAGGGUCUAACACAAAUUUAUACAUAAAAUGAAAUUAGAAAUUCUAUUUGAUUUUUUCAAAAGCGAUGUGGGACUACCGACAACAAAUUUUCCAAAAUUAAAAAAAAUAUGAAAAAAGUAAAAAAUAAAAAAAUAAUUUUUGUUUUAUGUGGCGACUGUGGAACCGUCGCCGUCCCUAGUUAUAUAUAUUUUUCUUUUGUUUUUUGAUGACUUUUCUUUAAAAAUAUUUUUUUUUGUUUUUUCGACCAUCAACUAUCGAUCAUUGUUGUACAUAAGAACACACAACCCCCUGACGUUCUUCCCCCCCAUCUCCCGAGUGUUUUAAUGUGUUGUUGUACAUAUUAAGACGACGAAUGUUGUUGCAAUCCAGCAGGCGGAUUUAA